AUGGACCCGGCACAGACACCGGUGACCUUCAAAGAUGUGGUUGUCACCUUCACCCGGGAGGAGUGGGAAUUAUUGGACCUGCCCCAGAGGACACUGUACUGGAAGGUGAUGAGGGAGACCUGCAGGCUCCUGGUCUCACUGGAUGACAAAGCAAAAACCAAUACUACAGAGCCUUCUGCUUCUCCACCAGCUUUGUUUGAGGGAUGCUCACCCCACAGGUUACUGACUGAGGAAGACUCCAGUGUUUCCACAUUGGGAGAAGCCAGGGAACAAGAAAGACCAUCAGAAAAACAGGGAGAGCACAUAAGGACAGGGACAGUCCCCUACAAGGAAACCCGCCCUGAAAAGGUGAACCCUGAGUGUGAUGAUUUGGUAACAAGUAAAAAUCUGGGCAGAAAUUAUUUACAGGAGCAAUUCUCUCCAGGAGAUGGUCUCCUGGAGUGUGAAUCACAUAGACCAAGGGAAGACACCUUGAUUCAUGGAGGGAAGAAAUCCUACAAAUGCAAGGAAUGCGGGAAAGAGUUUAUCAAGAAUCACUUCCUUCUUCAACAUCAGUGGAUUCACACUAGAGUAAAACCCUAUAAAUGCAAAAGGUGUGGGAAGGCCUUUCUCAAGAAGGCAGAUCUCACUGGACACUAUAGCAUUCACAUUAAGAAGAAGCUCUAUGAGUGCAUCGAGUGUGAGAAGGCCUUCAGCCGUAGGUCACACCUCACAGAACACCAGCGGGUUCACACUGGGGAGAAGCCCUAUGUGUGCAUCGAAUGCCGGAAGGCGUUCAGCCGCAGGUCACACCUCACGGAGCACCAGCGGAUUCACAGUGGAGAGAAGCCUUAUGCAUGCAGUGAAUGUGGAAAGGCCUUUGCCCGCCACUCUGAUUUUAUACGGCAUAAUAGAACCCACACUGGAGAAAAACCCUUUGAGUGCAAAGAAUGUGGGAAAGCCUUUUGUAACAGCUUUUCUGUAACUCGACACAUGAGGUGUCAUUCUGGGGAGAAGCUCUAUGAGUGCAGUGAGUGCGGAAAGACCUACAGCUACAGCUCAACCCUCACUACUCAUAAAAAGAUUCACAGUGGAGGAAAAUCCUACAAGUGUAAGAGAUGUGGGAAGGCCUUUGACCAGAAGGCAGGCCUCAGUCAACAUCAGAGAACUCAUACUGAGUUCUUCUUAAACAGACCUUUUUAA